GUUUCGCCGAACGAUGAAGGACACGUCGUCGGCGGGCAACGUCGUGGUGGACCUCGCGACUGCCAGGGAGAACUACCUGGCUGAACAAGAGAAGGACAGCCCCAAUGUCUCGGUCAAGUUCCGAUACGCACAAGCACUCACGCGUGACGAGAAAGCGGAGAACAAAACGCGAGGAAUUGGACUCCUCCUCGACAUUCUCGAUGAACACAGCAUCAACAAGGUCGAAUGUCUCUUCACUCUGUCGACGACGUACUUUGAGCUUGGCGACCACGCCAAGUGCCGACAGUACUGCGAACGGUUGCUGCGAAUCGACCCCACGAAUGAGAAAGCGUUGAACCUGCACAGAUGUGUCAAGGAUACAUUGACCAAGGACAGCGCCAUCGGCAUUGGCUUAGCGGCUGGCGCGGUGGUCGCGCUCGGGAUUGUGCUCAAGUUUUUACUGAAAAACAAGAAUUGAAUGGCCGUCGCGUACUUCCGUAGCCAUGGUGUGAAAGAUCGAUCGAUUUAGGGUAUAUUUCUACAUGUGUGGCGCUAGCUAGCUACACGAGUCAACAUGUCGACAAGGGUCCUAGCCCGUGGUCUUUCG